CUUUAGAGCUUUUGGAUUUUUUAUCAUCUUAAUGAUAGAAUUAAUUCUAAUCUGCUAAAAAAGAAGUCAAUCUGAAAAAGCCAGGAACACAGAACACCACUCUUCUUUUUUCUUCCCUUGUCUCAUCUAGGAUAGUUGACUUCCGUAACAUUUAUUUUCCACAGCUUCUUUCAGCUUCCUGCCUCUGCUGUGUUUCCACCUUUGGAUGGGGCAGGAGUUGAACUGUGGCGUCUGGCAGAGGCCAGCUUUAACGUGGGACUUAUCCUGAAAAAAAUACUUGCAGAAGAAAAAGAAAUGUCAUUUGACUCACUGAAGAUUUAAAACCGAUAGAGUCAUGUGGGAGAAGAUGAAAUUUUAGUCUCAAGUGAUGGAAUCAAGUCAUAAGAAGUAAAGAGGUUUGGAUGGUUUCUCACUAAAUGGAAGGUAUAUAGAAGGCCUCUAAGACCACUGCAUCUCUCCAUCCCACUCCUGCUGCACAGAAACUGCACUCUUGGCCUUGGACAUUAAUAAAAUGCUGGAUUCAAUCAAGUGUGUUCUGGUGGGAGACUCUGCGGUUGGGAAGACAUCUCUCUUGGUACGUUUCACCUCUGAAACUUUUCCAGAUGACUACAGACCCACCGUAUAUGAAAACACCGGAGUGGAUGUCUUCAUGGAUGGUGUACAGAUUAGCUUAGGCCUUUGGGACACAUCUGGCAGUGAUGCCUUUAAAGGCAUUCGCCCUCUCUCCUACCAACAGGCAGAUGUGGUAUUAAUGUGCUACUCGGUAGCAAACCACAAUUCCUUUCUGAACCUGAGGAACAAAUGGAUCAGUGAGAUCCGCAGCCAUCUGCCCCGCAUCCCCGUUUUGGUGGUGGCCACUCAGACUGACCAGCGUGACGCAGGUCCCUACGGUUCCUCCUGUAUCAGCCCCAUAGAUGGAAAACGGCUUGCACAGGAUGUGCGAGCCAAAGGCUACUUGGAGUGCUCUGCCCUCAGCAACAGAGGGGUGCAGCAGGUGUUUGAAUAUGCUGUGCGGACAGCAGUCAAUCAAGCCAAAAGGCAGAACAGGCGGAAGCUCUUCUCCAUUAAUGAGUGCAAGAUCUUCUGAGGACUGGUUUUGCUCAUGUUUGUUCUUUAUGUUUUCUCACAAAGAUACUGCAGCAGAGAGAAUGGGAGGUGAAUCAAAGGAGAGCUCCUGGCAGGACCACAGUGCAGGUGCCUCUUGUGAGACAGAUGUGCUCUUUGUCUUAUCCUCUCCCCUCCAAAACACAUGGGUGCUAUCUUGAAAAAUGAAAGGUGCAUACCCUUAUUCACAAAUUUGUGUUUGGACUUUGCUAGCCUGAACUGGCACAGUCUUAGCCUGCAGAUCUGCAGAUAACAGCAGUACUGAUUUUGGUUUUGUUUCUGUCAAUCUUCUUCAGUUGUUGGUUUAUAUGCAUUUAUUUAAUGACAAACUUCUGCCUGAAUCAGCCCCCA